AUGCGCCUUUGCGCCACCAGCUGUCAACACGUGCGCGGCGCACAGCUCCACGCGCACAAUGCGCUGUUGUGUGCGGCCCACAGCGGCCCCGGGGCCAGAAACCCAAUCUGCCCCAGCCGCAGAGCCAAGGACACGGGCCUCAGCUGUCCUCUCUGCACCUCUCAUUACAACUGUGCACCCCUGAACUUUAACCCAGCUUUACUCACUCUCACAACUCUGCCCACUCCUCCACACGCUGCACCUCUGUCCUGGACUCUGACUCUCCUCUGCUGCAGGAUGCGAACCCUGCCUCUGCUCGUCAUGCUGCUGCUCUGUCCUGCUUGUUUGUCCGUGUCGGUCUCCAGCACCAAACCCCAGGUGGAGGUCCAUGAACACACAGAUGCUGUACUGUCCUGCGAGUUCAGGACGGAGAAGGACCAGAACCCUCGCAUCGAGUGGAAGAAGAAGGGAAAGGGCGUGACAUUCGUGUACUUCAACAACAGAUUUACAAGCGCAUAUGCAUCUCGCUCUAAGAUGGAGGGGGCCACGCUCACCAUCCACUCCGUGACGCAGAAGGACUCUGGGGACUAUCGCUGUGAGGUCACUGCCAGCGAGGACCAUGUGAACCUGGGGGAGGCCACUGUCACUCUCAACGUGUUAGUGCCUCCUCAUAUCCCGUCGUGUGAGGUUCCCAGUCCAGUGUUCGUGGGUUCCAGCCUAGAGCUCCACUGCAAGGACCAGAUGAGCGUUCCUCCUGCUACUUAUCGCUGGUACAAGGACAACAAGGGCCUGGCUGCUGCUGCACAGGACUCUCCCUACAACAUCGACCCCAGUAAAGGCACUCUGAGGUUUAGGAGCGUCUCCAAACUGGACGAAGGGAUGUACCGCUGUGAGUCCUCCAACAACGCGGGGGCGCCCAAGAGCUGUGUGGCGCAAAAACUACAAAUUGUUGAUUACCCGUUGAACCUGACCAUCCUGAUCGCCGGCGCCGCUGCUCUGGUGACGCUCCUGCUCCUCGGCUGCAUCUGUGUGUGUGUGUGUCGACACCGAGGAUGCUGUGGAAAAACUAAAAAGUCUAAAUGCCCGUCGCCGUACGCCCCCCCUCCUCCUGCCGCCCGCCACCUCAAGACGUACAAGCCAACUAAGUCUUUUAUGAUAUGA